UAUUUAUUGCUUAAUUUUAUUGUUAAUAUGAUCGAAAGGAAAGAAGUUGUUUUAUAGAUUUUACUUUCUUCUGUGGUGUUGCUUUCUUGUUCUUCUUACAUGCUAUGAAGGCGUGUGACUAUUUGGGAAUAACUGUAAUUACAUUCAAUCCCUUUCUGUCGGACUUCCUUUAUCUUUUUCUUAUAAAUUAAUGUUCUUUUGUCACAAAAUGGACCAUCAUGUUAUUCAUGUCAAUUGUAAUGAUCUUGUUAUUGUAUGGUUGCUAUAUAAAGUGGUCUUUAUUUCUUCUCUUCAUGUUUGCUUCAGUUAGAUUAUAUAUCGUUUGAAUGCUUACUUGAGCUAGCUAAUGCUUUCUGCAUCUCUGAGGAUUUAAUAUGGAAUAGGUCAUUCACAUUGAUAGUGUCUCCAAGUUUCAUGAUCAUUAUCUUAAGGCAUCCUUCCUAAGCAUAUCAUGUGGACUAACAGAAUUUUUUGUUGAUGAGACAAACAACACUAUUCCUAAGACUGACCAGAUGCAUGAUAUAAGACAAUCUCAAAUUCACUCCCAAGUUGAAAGAAGGAAAAUCAGAUUUCAAAUUUCUUCUUUCAACCUAACACAAAGACAUCAGCAAGCUGAUUUCAAAUUUCAGGAAAAAUGGACAAAUAUGAAGACUGUGAACUUAGUUUUCCAAGGAAUACAAAGGUGACUGUUUAAAUAAUAUAUUUAACACAAUUUUCCAGGUUUAUAUUUGAUGCCAUGCAUGCAGUGACUGGUGCAUAUGCAAAACCUAUUUUUAUAGAUCAACUUGGAGCUAGUCUGGUUUGAUAUGCAUAUCCUUUGGAAAUAUCAGCUGUAUGUAGUUACCAUUGGUUUUAUUCUUUUCUCUAAUUUUAGCCUUGUCUUGAAGGAUUGCAUUUGGAAUGGAGUGCCUUUAGAAGAUCUUGGGCAUGGAUAUCCAGACCCUAAUCUCACGUAUGCUAAAGAUCUGGUUAGUAUUACGUAUGCUGAGAAUGCACCUGAUUUAGGAGCUGCAAGUGACGGGCUGUUUUGGCUUGGCUUUCUAUCAUUGCUUACCAAAACAAGGACGAUGGUUGGUGAGAAGUUGGUCUCAGUUGCAGAUGUUGCUAAGGAGCACUGGGCAACCUAUGGCUGGAACUUCUUUUCUAGAUAUGAUUAUGAGGUCUCAUUAGUUGUGGAAUUCAAGAUGCUUAAUGAUGUCCGGUACUCAAACAAUGAUCUGAAGCUGAUGCUGCUGUUGUUCAGGAAUGUGAAACAGAUGGAGCCAGUCAAAUGAUGGAAUAUGUGAGGGACGUGGUUUCUAAAGCCCAAUCUGGUGGUUCUUUAUAAUACAUCUUCAUUUGGCUAAUUUGCAUUUGAACUUAGAUACUUGUGCUUCUGUUGCAGGAAACUAUACCCUUAAAUUUGCUGAUGACUUUAGCCAUACUGAUCCAGGCACUCUAUCAGCAGGUGCAACGAUACGCAUUUACAUUGAACAGUUUGAGCCUGAUGUCUUCAAGCAUGAGAUGGAUGCACAGAUAGCAUUGAAGCCCUUGAUAGAUUUGGCAUUAUCAAUAUCAAGGCUAAAGGAGUUAACUGGGAUGGAGAAGCCCACAGUUAUUACAUGAGUCAGUGAAGGGAUUCAGGCUUUUGUCAAUUUCUUUUUAAUAUGAUGGCAGGUCCAUUUUUCCCUAAUAAAAAGAUCAAUGUGCAAGAUCAAUGCAUGUGCGGACUCAUUGUGGGCUUCUCGUAGAGGAAGCAGUGUCCAUGUAAAUGUAAGAGAAGGCACAAUAUUUUUCAUAUUACGUAAAAGUAGCUUUUACCCAGUUAUCCUCGCCCUAUGUGUCCUAACAGUACGAUGGGAGAAAAUUGAAGGAAGUGCGAAAUGCCUAUUUCUUCUGUAUCAUUACUUUGUACCCAGAACGAUAGAACACCUGCAAUCUUUGGUCUUCUUGUGUUUGGUACCUCGGAUUGCUCGAGUGUAAUAUGUGUACCAAUUUGGGCCCUUGGGCUUUGGGGCAAGCUGGAGAGUAACUUGGUUGCUUUGACUGGGUCUGGUGAAAGUUCAGCUGAGCGACUAGGGUUGUCUUCCGAGGUACUGCAGCAUUGCUCUUUCUUUAAAGUAGUUCACGUGAUCUGACU